AUGCAAAAGUUAGAUUUAAAUGACUUUAGUUUACCUUUCGAUGAGCCAAACAAGGAGCGUCCAUAUGGUCACUGUCUCGUCGCUGGUAUCGACAAAUACCCACGUAGAAUCGUCAGAAAGAUGAGCAGAAAGGUCAUCAUGAAGAGAAUCGCCAUCCGUCCAUUCGUCAAGGUCGUCAACUACAACCACAUCAUGCCAACUCGUUACAAUUUCGAGACCCGUGAAGAGAACUCAUUCAACGGUAUCAAGGAAUCUGUCACCAUGGAAACCGCCAAGCCAGCCAAGCGUUUGAACACCAAGUACGCUGUAAAGAAGAUUUUCCAAGACAAGUACAAGGCCGGUAAAUCCAAGUGGUUCUUCACCAAAUUGAGAUUCUAA